UGACUGGCAGCGGCAUUGACGGAUACGGACCUCCGUUCCAUACGGGCCUCCAUUCUGCCCGUGAUGCACGAUGUGGCACCGAUGCUGGUAAGAACCGACGGCAUGGCGCGAGCAGAUCUUGGCUUCCUUGCGUCAUGAGUGGAUAUACUCUGGCAAGUACUAGUCCCCAGCAUCGCGUAGAGGUGACUGCUCAUAGCUGGGGUGCCUCAGAACGAGGUCCUAAGAAAAAAACGAACCUGUUCAUCUGGGAACGGUCCAGGGCACAGGUGAUGCAACAUGGGGCCGAUGGCCAUGAAGGGGAUAUCUCCGGAGAGAAUGAUACUGCACAGGCCCGCCACUCCUGUGAGGGGAUAUCUCCGGGGGAGAAUGAUACUAAACAGGCCCACCACUCCUGUCAGGGGUUAUCUCCAGAGGAGAAUGAUACUUAACAGGCCCACCACUCCUGUCAGGGGCUAUCUCCGGAGGAGAAUGAUACUUAACAGGCCCACCACUCCUGUCAGGGGGUAUCUCCGGAGGAGAAUGAUACUAAACAGGCCCACCACUCCUGUCAGGGGAUAUCUCCGAGGAGAUCGUACGACACAGGCCCGCCAUUCCUGUGAAGGUACACACUGUUGCGCUCGCGCAUUUCAG